GCAGAACCCGUUUUCUGGUUUUAAUUGAUAUAUACAGUCGUUUCAAUGGGGAAAAGGAAAGACAUGAUCCACCCAAGGAUUAUUUUAGGUGAUGGAGGCCACGUGGGCCUACAAAGCCUGCAUAGGAGGAAACACAAAAAACACAAGAAGAAGCAUCACCGCGACAACGGGCACAGCUCCUACUCCGAGGCCCUGGAGUCAGACUCCGGGAUUGUGUUCAAGCCCCCCACACAGCUCAGACUCAAGAUCAAACUGGGAGGCCAAACACUUGGGACAAAAAGUGUGCCAACGUUCACUGUGGUCCCUGGUGUAGCCCAUUCCCAGUGUCCUCUGAUGAUCGUGGACGACGAUGACGACUCUGAUGAUGAUAAACCAUCUGAGGGUGUUCCACUUGAGCAGUACCGGGCCUGGCUUGGUGAGUGCAAAGAUGAGGACAGUAACCUGGACCCGUCUCCUCUGCCAGACAUGGACUCAGACUCCCUGGGUAAGCCGGUGGACGAGGAGGAGAAGUGGCUGGACGCCCUGGAGAAAGGAGAGCUGGACGACAACGGAGAGUUGAAGAAGGAGAUCGAUGAGUCCCUGCUCACAGCCAGACAGAAAGCCCUCCUGCACAAGCAGCAGAACCAGCCUCUUCUGGAGCUGCCCAUGGGCUACAAGGAGAAGGAGAUGACCACCGAGAUGAUGCAGAAAAGAGAGGAGAGUGCCCGCAAGAGGCGCCUGCAGGCGGCCAAGAAGGCAGAGGAGGACAAGAACCAGACCAUCGAGAGGCUCACCAAGACCAAGAUCAAGAGUAUGAGGGAGCGUAAGUCCAAGCAGGCCCAGUGUCCCAUGGUCCGCUACUGUGACUCAGCCCAGGGAAUGGGGAUUUCGUUCCCAACAGGGGUGCUUGCCCCGACCCCUGCUUCCCUGUGCCCCCCUCCCCUGGCACCGGUAGGCUGCGGGAUAAACGGGUGCAGUAAUCUGAAGAGGUACUCGUGCUCCAAGACUGGGAUCCCUCUCUGUAGUCUGGACUGCUACAAGAAGAAUCUGGUCCUUGUUGUGGAGAGUGCUGCUUGAAUUUGACCGUUUUCAAAUGUUUUGGCUUGCUGGCAGUUUAGACUCUUGGGCUAAAUGGACAAUGUGUAAUUUUUUUGUAUUUUGAGAGAUUAUGAAAAGGCAUUUUAUCAUUUUUUCUCUUUGUGUGAUGUAUACUAUCAAAAGAGUUCAAACCAAUGCAUCAGUCAGUCAAUUUAGUCCUGAUACUAGGAUGACAUAAGGUAGGCUACAGCCACACCAGGCCCUAUCAGACAGCAAGUAUUUAUUUCUAGAUCCUUAGUUUGUGGAAGUCCACAUAAUGUAGAUUGAAUAAGACUUUAAGAAGGCAAGCUUAUUUUUGUAACAGCAGGACAGAAAUAAGAGCGCUGUUUGCCUGAUGAUCAUGAAGGACUUUCAUUUGUAUAAAUAUAUGAAUGGUUUCGUAUUAAUUUUGGCAAACAGAAGCCGUAACGCAUAACAGCAGUAACAUGUUUGAUCAAUUGAGAAAAUGACCCAGAGGACACCAAAAUAUGUUUUUCUUUUAAUUGUCACAAAUUAUUACAUUUCCAUACAAAAUACUGUACAUCUUAAAUAAAAUAUCAUAACACUUA